CUCCCACAUGCCAACACGACCGGCACGCGGGCACCCCAACCUCAUCGACAGGCUCAGAGACACAUGCUUACUGCACGGCCUCACCCACAGCGACCCCAGGGCCUGAGGACCCAUACACAAACACACCACCUCGCCCCGAUUCGCCAGGUUCCCUUGGAGACGUGGAGGCUACGGAAGAGGCUCAGGCCAUGGACGCCAGCCUCCCAGAGCGGGAGGCCGGAGCACCGGAGCCCGAGCCCGAGGCCGCGGGAGAGCCCGAGCCCCUGAGCCCUUCCAGUCCAGACGCUAAUCCCCCACCCCCACCAUCGCCACUGCCCCCCACGCCCGCAGGAGGCCCCCAGGAGAUGGAGGGGCAGAAGCCAGAGACACGGCUGGAGGAGUCCGGCGUCUCGUGGAGUGGGCCAGACGAGCUGGAGCUGCUGUUGCAGGACGGACAGCGGCGCGUGCGGGCUCAACGCAGCCUCACCGAGGGCCUGUCCUGGGGCCCGUUCCGCGGGAACGUCCAGAGCAGAGCCUCAUCCCCUGGGCAGGUGGAACCGGGCCCAGCCCUGACGCUGCUGCUGGAAGAUGAGUCCUGCUGGCUGAGGACGCUGCCACAGGCCCUGACCGAGGCCGAAGCCAACGCGGAGAUCUACAGGAAGGAUGAAGCCCUCUGGUGCAGACUCACCAAGCCGGUGCCCGCGGGCGGACUGCUGAGCGCGCUCCUCACGGCGGCCGAGCCCCGGAGCACCCCCAGCCACCCCAUGAAGAAGGAGCCAGCGGAGCCCGAGUGCCCGGCCCCCGCACAUGCCGACAUCCAGCUCCUGCCCCAGCAGGCCGGCAUGGCAUCCAUCCUGGCCACCGCGGUCAUCAACAAAGACGUCUUCCCCUGCAGAGACUGCGGCAUCUGGUACCGCAGCGAGCGGAACCUGCGAGCCCACCUGCGCUACUACUGUGCCGGCCGCCAGAGCACCGGCUCCGCGGCCACGGCCGCCGCCGACGAGAAGCCCAAGGAGACGUACCCCAACGAGCGCGUCUGCCCCUUCCCCCAGUGCCGCAAGAGCUGCCCCAGCGCCAGCUCCCUGGAGAUCCACAUGCGCAGCCACAGCGGAGAACGCCCCUUUGUAUGUCUGAUCUGCCUGUCGGCCUUUACCACCAAGGCCAACUGUGAGCGGCACCUCAAGGUGCACACAGACACGCUGAGCGGUGUCUGCCACAGCUGUGGCUUCAUCUCCACCACAAGGGACAUCCUGUACAGCCACCUGGUGACCAGCCACAUGGUCUGCCAGCCAGGCUCCAAGGCUGAGAUCUACUCCCCAGGGGCCAGCCACCCCACUGCCAAGCUCCCCCCAGUCCAGCUCUCCCCUUCCCACCCUACCCCUCCCUCAGGUCUGGCCCAGGCAGGUCCUGCACCAGCCCUGAAGUGUGGCCCCUGGGGUCUCCCUGCAGACAGUCUAGCCAGCUUCCAGCAGCACACCGCCCUGCACGGCCCUCUGGCUUCUGCCGACCUGGGCCUGGCGCCCACCCCAUCGCCAGGACUGGACAGGAAAGCCCUGGCCGAGGCCACCAAUGGAGAGGCCAAACCCGCCCCCCAGAACGGGGGCAGCAGCGAGCCCCCGGCGGCGCCCCGGCCCAUCAAGACGGAGGCCGCAACUGAGGAGUCCGAGGCAGAGCCAGGGCCCCUGACCGCAUCCCGGACACCCUCACCGUGCAGCCCCGCUCCCGCCAGGGUGAAGGCCGAGCUGUCCAGCCCCACGCCCGCCUCCAGCCCUGGCCCCGGUGAGCUGGGGCUGGCGGCCGGGGCGCUCUUCCUGCCACAGUUCCCCGCGGCGCCCCCGGCCUCAGAGAUCCUGGCCAAAAUGUCCGAGCUGGUGCACAGCCGGCUGCAGGCGGGCGCUGGGGCCCAGGCUGGCCUCUUCGCGGGGGCCCCCAAGGGCGCCACGUGCUUCGAGUGCGACAUCACCUUCAACAACGUCAACAACUUCUAUGUACACAAACGCCUCUACUGCUCUGGCCGCCGCCCGCCCGACGACGCACCCCCAGCGCGCAGGGCUAAGGUACCCCCGGCCCCCAACCGCGCGCCCCCCGGCCCACCGCCCCCCGAGGCCCGACGC